GAAGUGAUCGUAUCCUGUCUUAAUAAUAUAAUACAAUGCAGUUGUCAAGUAAUAGAGUUAAUUUUUCAAAUUCAGCAACCCAUUUCAAUUACGUGCAAUUAUUAAGCAAAGACCGACCUGCGAGGAAACGAAUACAAGACAUUGUUACUUUGUUAGGAUUGCACAGCGAUCAUGUAGCCAUUUUCAGUGCAGUUGAAUCACCUCUUGAUAAAGCCCGACAUAAAUUAAAAAAUAUAUCAAGUGCUAAAAGUGCUUUAGUGUUACAUGUGACCAAAAACUUGCGGAUAUUUUUCGUGAAACCAGUGUUGUGGCUAAAACUUUCAUUUAAUAUAUAUGGAAAAUAUACUGAUAUGGCUAUUGAAUGGGAUUUAGAAACCAGAACCGUAACAGUAUUAUCGUCUUGUCGAGGAAGGAGAAGAUAUUUAUGGAUAAUAAAUAUCUCAAGUCCUUGUUAUAUAAAGUUUACUAAAAAUCAUUGGAGGCAAAUGCUUCUUAAUUGGUUCGCAUCAUCCACAUCUGAAGAUAAUCAUUUGCGGAACAUUCUCAACAGUCAGGAUCUCAAAACACUUGGGGUACAAUACUGUACGCACUUGCUGGCGGCCGGUGUCUUAAGACAGAUACCUGACAAGGAUGCUCCAACUGAGAAAAUAUUUAAGCCUAAUCUAAUGUAUUAUUGGUCACACAUGGAGAUGCCAGCAUCUCAGCCAGUCACACCGGGAAGAUUAGACAUGUCCUCAUGGCCGCCUGAACGUGAUACACUUAACUUAAAAACACAAACACAAAUCACCAACUAUUGUACUAUGGAGAACCAAUAUAACAAACAGCACAGUGAAGAUGUUAAUGACAUAGCUGAGGCAAAGUUUGUUAUAUCACAGUUAAAAAGGAAACUUCAAGAAUUAGAAUACCAGUUGGAAAAUUAUAAAAUGAGUCCACAAAUUGGAUUAAUUAAUAAAAAGAUUAAUAACACAUUUAUGUCGACUCCAGAAAAUUUAUCGAACAGGAAUAAAAUUGAUUUAGUCAGUAGAGAGGUUCAAACAAUAAAUGAUAGUGAAGUUAUUAGGCUGUCAGACAAACCUGUGAUAAAUUAUAAAGAUGCAAGUACAGGUGUAAAUGAAGAUUGCAAUUUAGAAUUAAGUAGAUUAGGUAAAAACAAUGAAUUGUAUAAUAACGAUUUACUAGGUAAAUCAGAAAAGAGAUCUGAAAAAAUAGAAAAUUAUUGUAAAUUAAAUAAAAGUCGAGAUACUAAUAAUGCUUAUCGGAAUGAAGAUAUAACAAAUAUAAGUGGUAACGGCAAUAGAAAGCUUAGUAAUAGAGAAAGAGAUUUACUAAUCACGAAUCUUACAAAUCAACUAUAUAGUAUAGAUGAUAAUAAUAUUAAUAAUACAUGUGAAAGCUCCUCGGAUGCUUCAUUCUUAAGUACAACAACAGAACUUUUAAGUAGCAGUAGUAACAGAUUCUUGGACAUCAAUCAGGACAAUAUAUCUAACUCAUCUAUAGAAUUUCUUUGUAGAAAUGAUGAUAAGAAAACUGAUUGUAAUAUACAAUCGUCAGAUUUGAAAAAUAGCAUUAUCCCAAUACAAACUAUAGAAGCAAGAGAUGUUACGUUAUCAGAUAUGAACCUCACAUUGAAAGGUUCUGCUAAAAGUAAUGAUUGUCAAUCUGCUGCUACACCACCGCCUCCGUACCCUGGGAUGCUGCCAUCUCCCCCACCUGCGCCAGGGACAAUCCAAGAUCAGUCACUUUGCAAGGAAUCAAAAUCACCUGACAUAAAACAACAGUCAUCAACACCAGCUAAUCAACACAAAAUCGACUUACUUGAUGACAGUAAAGGUUCCCCAACACAAGAUAUUGUUAAAAGUUCCAGUAUUGAUGAAUCUCCAAAAUCAAACAGAAAUCUAGACUGUUUCAGAGAAAUCGAAAAUAAUGACUUAAAAGCUAAAAACUUCAAUUCAGUCUCUUCAAACCAAUAUGAUGAAAGGAAAAGAAAUAGUAUAAAUUCCUCACUACCUCUCUCCAAUGAUAACGUGUUACCACCGCCACAAUCACAAGAGUCCACAGUAUUAUCUCCUCAAGAUAUUAAAGUAGACGAUACUAAAACGCCGGAUAUCCCUGGUCUAGAACCGCUGUCUUUAAAGUUGGAGUUACCGAGUACAGAAUCACCAAAAACAGCGAUAAGUCCGCAUUCACCAGUAAAAGUUGUGGGUCCUCCACCCCCACCUAUGCCUGGAACUGAGGGUCUCACACCAGUAAUGCCAAUUAUGGGCCCCCCUCCCCCGCCAAUGCUUGGAAUGGGUCCCCCUCCUCCACCGAUGCCUGGAAUGGGCCCCCCUCCCCCACCAAUGCCUGGAAUGGGGCCCCCUCCACCACCGAUGCCUGGAAUGGGGCCACCUCCACCACCGAUGCCUGGAAUGGGGCCCCCUCCGCCACCGAUGCCCGGAAUGGGGCCCCCUCCACCUCCGAUGCCUGGAAUGGGGCCCCCUCCUCCCCCUCUGCCCGGUAUGGGCCCUCCACCACCUCCCAUGACUGGUUUAGGACCACCAUCGCCACUAACACCUGGAAUGCCUCCGCCGCCUCCAUUAAAUGCUGGACCUGUACCAUUCCCAGCGCCACCCGUGGGUGGAUGGAAUAUGCAAAGAGCAACUCUGAGGAAAACUCCCAUAAAGCCCGCGGCUCCCAUGAAGCCUUUAUAUUGGACGAGGAUUUUAGCACCACCGAUUCCCCCAUCGUGUCAAGGCGAUCCAGAAACAUCGGGAUUCAAACCGCUCUGGCUAGAAAUAGAAGAAGCUAAAUUGGACAACAUAGACGAAUUCGCUAAUCUAUUUUCACGUCAAGUCGUAAAAGCUCCCGUUAAGAAAAAGGUUGAAGUGAAGAGUAAAAUACAACCCAUCAAGAUUUUGGACAGCAAACGUUCGCAGAACGUCGGGAUUCUAGCUCAGAGUCUGCACGUGGAGUUCUCGGAGAUCGAGAACGCUAUCUAUAACUUCGACACUUCAGUCGUCAGUUUGGAGGCUCUGCAGCAGAUUUAUGAAUUGAGAGCCAAAGAUGAAGAGCUGAUGAUGAUCAAGGAGCACUUGAAGACUAAACCCGGCGUGCCACUGGAUAAGCCGGAGGCGUUCCUUCAUGACUUAUCCGGAAUCCACAAUUUCGCGGAGAGAAUAUCUUGUUUUACAUUCCAAGCGGAGUUCGACGAUGCAGCAAACACGAUAAUGCACAAAUUAGAUAAUCUGAAGCACACUUGCGAGUUUCUUGUGACGAACGAAUCUCUUAAGCAGCUGUUUGCUAUCAUACUGGCUCUCGGCAAUUACAUGAACGGGGGGAAUGGUCAAAGAGGACAGGCUGAUGGAUUCGGUCUAGAGAUACUUUCUAAAUUGAAAGACGUUAAGUCGAAGCAGUCCCAUAUAACGCUACUACACUUCAUAGUACGUACGUACAUGCGCGUUUCGUCACUUGGAGCCCUACCGGUGCCGGAGCCCGGGGACGUUGCCCGCGCCGCCGCCCUAGACUUCGCAGAGGUCGCCACGAGUCUGAACACGCUGCGCACUAACCUUGACGAGUGCCGAGAAAAGGUUGAAAAAGUUAUCGAGACGGAUGCACGGAUACAAAAGACGGAAGACGAAAACGCGAGUUGUGAAAGUAAAAAAAGACUGGAAGUGUUCAAAGACAAAAUGACGGCGUUCCUGAACGCUGCGGGAGAAAAACUUAAGACGGAAAACGAUAACUUAUCAGAGUGUAAAAAUAAGUUUAUAGCUACAGUGAAAUUCUAUCAAUAUUCUCCAAAAUGUGGCAAAGUUGAAGAUUGUGAACCGAAGGAGUUUUUUUCCCUUUGGACGUCGUUUUGCAGUGAUUUUAAAGACAUUUAUAAAAAAGAAGAACAAAUAGCUAUUAAAGAAAAAUUAAAAGAAACUAAAAAGCUACAGUGCGAAAGAAAAGCGAAUACCCAACCAAAAAAAGAGGGUGGUUUGAAAGCCCGUCUUCAGAAGUUGUCUAGCACAAAAAAAUGAAUCUAGGAAACAACACAGUCAUAACUUUAUUCACUACAGAUGAAUAUGAAUAAAAGACAAGUGUAUGACAUCACAAAAAUAACUAUAAAUGUUUACAACGAAUUUGGAUUUCAAAACGGAAUGUUACUUAUCAUUUCUACGUUUUCCUAAAAAUAUAUCAACGUUACACUUGUAAUUUUCAUGUUUCAACAGCAGAAACUAUUUUCUAACACGAUAUUGCUUUUGGCUUAAAUAAUUGUUAUGUAACCUCUGAAUUUAAUUAUGAAUAAUGUAUAAUAAAUUCUUAUGUUUAGUUAGUAUGCUGAGAAUAACAAAUAAGUGCAUUUAAUGUUUGUCAUAUCUAAUAUAAAUAAGAUGUUUGGUUCGAGAGGUUCCAAGAUGUGUAUCAAAUUCAAUGGCUGUGGUCUUAGGAUUUACAAGAUCUACUCGCAAGCUAUAUUGUUGUGAUUUCUUCUAGCACUUUGAGUAUCGAGUAUCGUUUUACUUAAGUGAAGGAUAAAGACAGCUGUCUAUAAAUCAUUUGUAAAACAAAAAUUAAGAUUAGUUUAGAAUUUACUACAGGGGAAUGUUUUAUUGAAUAUUAGAAUGCAUUCCAUUUAUGAAUGAAUCACGUUACCGCCGCUGGACUUAUACUCUUUAACAAUACACAGUAUAAUGUGUAAUAACUCUUUAAUAAUGUACCUGAUAUUAUUUAACAGCAGCUACUUACCUGCUAUAUAUUGUUUACAAUUUUACCUACAUACAUGGUGCUUUAUUGGUGUAACUAAGUUUUGUAAAGUACAGUAGAUAGUGAAAUAAUACAUUUUUUUUUUCUA